AGCAGCUUCACUUCCUGCGGUGGCAGCGUCCCGCUCGGUGACCGUCUGUAGGAAAGAACAGUCCAGAACAAAAACAAGAACUACUACUACAGGCGAAAAAACAUGCCUCGGGUUUAUAUCGGACGACUGAGCUAUCAUGUCCGCGAAAAAGAUAUUCAGCGAUUUUUCAGCGGAUAUGGGAAGCUCAUGGAAAUCGAUUUAAAGAACGGAUAUGGAUUCGUGGAAUUCGAGGAUAACCGGGACGCCGACGAUGCCGUAUAUGAGCUGAACGGGAAGGAGCUGUGCGGGGAGCGUGUGAUCGUCGAACACGCCCGGGGGCCGCGGCGAGACCGAGAUGGCUACGGUGGGGGUUACUGGGGUGGUGGGCGCAGUAGCGGUUAUAGCAGCAGGAGCCGCUCUGGCAGGGAUAAGUAUGGACCCCCAGUCCGUACUGAGUACCGUCUCAUCGUGGAGAACUUGUCCAGCCGCUGCAGCUGGCAGGACCUCAAGGACUUUAUGCGUCAGGCAGGGGAGGUGACCUACGCUGAUGCCCACAAGGAACGCACCAACGAGGGAGUGAUCGAGUUCCGGACUCAGUCGGACAUGAAGAGAGCUCUGGACAAGCUGGAUGGUACAGACAUCAACGGCCGGAAGAUUCGCCUGGUGGAAGACCGGCCUCGCAGACGAAGAUCCUACUCUGGCAGCCGCUCCAGAUCCCGCAGUCGCCGCCGUUCCCGCAGCAGGAGCCACAGGAGCAGGAGCUCCCGGAGUCGCUCCAGAUCCCACUCCAGGUCUCGUUCCCGCAGCAACAAGAGACGUAAUCGUUCCCGCUCCAGAUCUGGAAGGAAGUCUCGCUCCAAGUCAGGAGAAAGGAAAUCACGUUCUCGUAAUCGCAGGUCACGUUCUCGAUCCCGCAAAUCCAAAUCCCGUUCACGCUCCCGCAAGUCCCGUUCCCGCUCAGCCGACCGAAAAUCCAAAUCCCGUUCAAAGAGCCGUUCUAAGGUAAAGUCAGAGCGGGAUUCUCGCAGUCGAUCUAAGGAGAUGACUGGUGACAAGAAGUCCCGCAGUCGUUCGGCUUCCCCAGUCGAGAACGGGAAGGAGGAGCGUGCAGCCAAGUCGGCUUCCCGCUCCCCGUCCCCACAGGAGGAUGACCGUCGAUCCAAGUCCAGGGAGAAACGCUCAGCCUCCCGCUCAAAGUCUCGCUCAAGAUCUGGCUCACGGUCUGGCUCACGGUCUAGAUCACCUUCUCAGGAUUAGAGGAGGGAGGCAUUUUCUCUCAUUGUCAAGCUCGAGCCCUAUGCUGUACAUAAUGAGCAGUGUCGUCCUACUGGCUUAUGCUUCCUGACUUCUCUACUUUUCUCCUUCAAUUUUGCGCUUGUCUUAAACAUGUUCUAGGUGCAGUUUUAUUAGAGGAUGUGCUGCAGUGACAGGGCUACUCUUUUGGCAUCACCUGCCUCCUAAAAGUCACAAAUUUCUACCUUAUUCUAAAACAUUGAAAGUGCUAGUCGUAAAAUCUUUAGAGCUGCGACAUGAGUUAGUUAAAGUCACCCCAGCCCAGAAUUUUCAGCUUGUUGUGCCGGACUGUUUAAAUGAAAAGCUGUUGAUAGCUUAGGGAACAUUAAGUUGUCUUUAAAAAUCAUCUCAGUUUGCAGCAGAUUUUGUUCAGGCGGUAGAUUUACAGUUUUACUGCCUUUAAUGUCGGCAUCAUCCGCCAGGCAUCAUUUGAUACAACUUUUGUUUCAUACAUAUUCAAACUGCAUGGUUGUGGGAGAAAAGUAGCGUCUGGCUACAGCAUCGGAGCGAUUUCCUUUUGAUCUGCAGCCUCUAAUUGCUUUUCAAGGAAUCAUCAAUCUUGGUGGUGUCUUGCGGGAUUCUAAAAUGCACAACGGGAUGCAAGAAUUUGUACUGCAGAACUGCAUAUUUACAAGAAAAUAAGGGUUUGUAUUUCACGUUUGAACAGCUCACAUUGUAGGCGGACUGUUAUUGAUCCCUUUUUAAUCUCUUGUACAUAGAUCUUGUGAUCAGCAUCGAAAACUGAUUUAUUCCUCCUUUUUUGUAACCAUGAGCGGGUAGUCUGUGGAGUACUUUUUUUUUUGUUUACCUUAUGGAUUUCACUUUGGCUAGACCUUCAAAAGGCCUCAAAUGCAGUGUCCCCAUUUUUCUUGAUUUUUCUGCUUAUUUCUGAUCGCAGCCUUGAUAGUCAUUUUCAAUUUGUUUUUUUUUUCCAUAUGAGUUUAAUUCAGGGGUUAAGGGUUGUCAAGCCUCUGCUUAUUUAAAGGGUGCAGCUAGUACUGGAGUUUUUUGUACUUGAAAGGUACAUCCAUUCAAAUCUCUGGAGGGUCUGCUCAUGGAUUUAUAACAUAAACAUCGUCAGACUUACUGAAUGCAGCCCCUCUCUCCAUCUUGUGGAACAGAUUUGUAUUUUUUUUCCUCCAUGCAGAUGAAAUCUAACAGAAAAUGUCCUUUUUUUAUUGUAUGCUCAAUUAAAGAUCUUAUUGAAAAAG